UACCCGGAUUUGGAUCCCCGGCUCCGGGAGACGAUCUCAAGGAUAAUGGAGGAAAACAGCAACACUCUCAGCCCAAUCCUGUGCGAUUUCAUAGCCGGAUCGUUUGGUGGUGCCUGCGGACUCCUGGUCGGUCACCCCAUGGACACCAUCAAAGCGUGGCAGCAGAAUUCCAACUACGGCAUGGGCAACGCCAUGUACAACAUCAUCAUACGCAACAACGGUCUGAAGGGAUUCUACCGCGGAAUGUACUUCCCGCUGCUCUCCAAUGGCGCCCUGAAUUCGGUUGUUUUCGCCGUCUAUGGGUCUCAUUUACGCUAUUUACAGAAACACACCCGAUCGGACCGAUUGCGGAAGGCCUACUGGAGAAAGCACGUGUUCAUAGCCGGAUCCAUGGCCGGGCUGGCCCAGGUGUUUCUAGCCUGCCCAAUCGAGGUGGUAAAGGUGCGGCUACAAACGCUCUCCUUUAUUGGACACCCGUGGGCCUGCCUUAAGGACAUCUUCAGGCGAGAGGGCCUCUCGGGGAUCUACCGUGGCAUCACGCCGAUGAUGGUCCGGGACGUGCUGCCGUACGGUGUGUACAUGUACGUGUACGAGUACAUGCUCGAGAUCGAGCGGCGAUUGCAUCGGCUAAGUAAGGAUCACAUCACCGGUGCGACGAUCGGCGGUGCCCUGCAGGCCUCGCUGAUUGCGACCGCCGGUGCCGUCGCUGGCAUCGCCUCGUGGAUGUUUAUCGUGCCGUUCGAUGUGGUGAAGACGGUCAUGCAGGCGGAAACAGAUCCUUCCGUACACAAGAGCAUGAUGCACUGCUUUCGGUCGCUAGUGAAGAAAUAUGGAUGGCGCUCGUUGUUUCGUGGCAGCCUGGUGAUAAUAGCUCGUGCGGCUCCGGUCAACUCGGCCACUUUUCUGGGCUACGAGUACUGCCUGGAAAAGUGUCAUAAAGUGUUGGACACAAAUUGAUCCCCGUUUCUCAUUGUUGACUCUAACGUCCGUUACUCCCUGAACCACCUCUGAUAUUCUAUACUCA